AUGGAGGAGAUUUUAGGAAAUUUGGAGGAAUCUUUGGAAGCAGUGAGAAUUCAUCCUCGGCGUUGUUUACUGGGCCGGGCUGCAAAGGAACCGAGCAUGAAAAUACGCCCAGAAAUAGUGUCCAAGGCCCAGUCUUCAUUAGACAGUGCGCAAAUACAAGCAUGGGGCUAG